AUGAGCCUUGUAACGAUUAUUUAUACUUAUUGUGGUUUCUACGGAUAUAUUACAUUUGGUAGUGCUGUCCAAGGCAGUGUAACGCUGAACCUGCCUGAUACUACCGUAAAUGUGGUUGUGAAAAUCCUUUUGGUAUUUGUGGUGUUCUUCGGGAACGUCCUACAACUGUACGUGAUCAUUGAGAUGUUAUGGCCAAAACUGAAGGAGAAGUUAGUGAUGCGAAAAUGUCGUAGCAUAACGGUUCUUCUGCUUGAGUAUCUUUUUCGGAUUGCCUGUCUGUUGUGGGCGAUUGCCAUCCCGAAUCUCAACGAAAUCAUACCGUUUGUGGGUAUCACAGCUGGAAUGCUGUUAUCUCUUAUCAUUCCAUCAGCGAUUGAUCUCAUAGUAUUUUAUCCAGUGCGAUCGAAAUCUAGCUCGAUGUUAAAGUUAUCUUGGUUUGUCACGCAUAAUUUGUUUCUUUUCAUUAUUGGUUGUUUUCUUUUAGUGUCUGGAUUGCAAGCAAAUAUUGUGGAACUAGUCAAUAAACAG